CCUCUCACCAACCGGCGUCUCAGCUAUAAAGGCCAGAACAUGACGGCUACAGCAACGUCCUGCUCCAGUCUCAGGUCUUGCAGCGUUCGCCUCCCACUUUCCCCCUUAACUCUUGUUUAAAAUUUCUAAUUCUCCCAACCCCAUCAUGCCGAGGGGCUUUUUGGUGAAACGAACCAAGAGACUGGGAGGUUCUUACCGUGCGCGUCGAGUGGAAAGGGACUUUCACCUGCUGGGGCCCCAAGAGGCACCUCCUUUCCCCCGAGGGGCUUCCCCCAGUCCCCAAGAAAGCGUGACGGGUAAGGAGAGGUUGAAGUCCCCACUGGAAAAGCUAGAAAAGGAGGAGAGAGAGGCGACUUCGCGAUUGUCAGCGUUCUGCCUAGAGGCCGUAGGAAGCAGAGGACCAGGUCGGCGCGAAGGCGCUGAUUUGGGGCUGGGCGGAGGUUCGACUCCAGGUCCCAGUCCUAGCCCAGCUAAGCCGGCGGGCGCGGAGUUGCGCGGGACGUUCCUGGAGCGCUGCCUCAGCUCUCCUGCUUCGGCUGAGUCUUUCCCGGGGGGCACCACAGCCGCGGUUGCUUUCUCUUCCACAGUGGCAACCGUGUCUGCCCCAUCUUCGGUGGAACAGCUUUUGAUGCCUCUUCUGGCACCUUUCCCAGAAGCUACUCCAAAGCCAGACUCGGCUCCCCUCCCUGUUACUCUUCAGGGUUUGAAGCGGGGUACUGGGGACGACCGUCGUGAUAAGAGACCUCCUGGGCCAGUGGCAGUGUCUGGGUCUGGGACAGCAGUGCUAGGUACCAAGAAACCGAAGGCUAUGAGGAGGUUGAGCUUUGCAGAUGAAGUAACCACAUCCCCAGUCUUGGGGUUGAAAAUCAAGGAGGAGGCUCCUGGGACCCCAUCCCGAGGCCUUGAAGGCAGUCGAACGCCACUGGGUGAAUUCAUUUGCCAGCUGUGCAAAGAGGAAUACUCAGAUCCCUUCGCACUGGCUCAGCACCGCUGCUCCCGCAUAGUGAGAGUUGAGUACCGUUGUCCCGAAUGUGACAAGGUCUUCAGCUGCCCAGCCAACCUCGCAUCCCACCGCCGGUGGCACAAGCCACGUCCUGCCAGUGCUUCCACAACUGUCCCCAGGGACGCGAAGGCCCUUCCUUCCUUUUCCUCUUCUUCCUUAUUGUCUUCGGAUUGCAGUUCUAUUACCCCUUUCCUGCCAGAGGGUAAGGAGAACACCAGAGAGAAAAGGACUGAAGGUCAGCACCCUCAUAUUCGGGACAGCUCCCGGACCGAUCAGCAUCAAGACAGCUCCAACCCUGCAGCUACCCAUGGUCAGGACAUGAAGGCCACUCAGCACCCAGAGCCUCCGCUACCACAGGGUCCAUAUAACGAAAGGGCGUCGGGGCGUCGGGUCCCAGGUACAGGGAAUGGCAAUGGAGAUGGGGUAUCUGAGGUUUUCUUGUGUCCAUAUUGUCACAAGAAGUUCCGCCGCCAAGCUUAUUUGCGAAAGCAUUUGGGCACUCAUCAGGCAAGUUCAACCCUAGCGCUCACCCCCGGCUACAGUACAGAGCAGAGUUUGCAGCUUGCUUUCCCAUGCCCGCUUUGCGGGGCGCACUUCCCGUCGGCCGACAUUAGAGACAAGCACCGGUUGUGGCACGCAGUGCGAGAGGAAAUGCUAUUACCUUCUUUAGCAGGGGCGCCGCCAGAGGGACCAAGUGGAGGGAGAGCUGCUGAAGAAGAUACUCAACAGAUCUUUCCAUGCAAGCACUGUCCAUCCACCUUCUUCAGUUCAUUGGGGCUAACUCGCCAUAUUAAUAAAUGUCACCCGUCGGAAAGCCGGCAGGUGUUGUUGCUUCAGAUGCCACUCAGACCCGGUUGCUGAGUACGUAGAGAAUUAAGACUGGGACGGAGCCUGGAAGUAAAAAAUGGUCGCUGUGAGUGGCUGCGGGACCUCUUCCAACUGGUAAAAAUGCUCUCACCUCCUCUUUCCUUACCUACCUUUCUUUCUUAAAGGCUUCCCGGAGCUCAAUCACUCGGAGACUAGAAAGUACUAUGUGACUUGUAAUUCCUAUGGAACGUCUAGAUGAAUGCUUGUCUAGAAAGGACUAAUAAAAUAUCUUUUUAGCCACUUAGUGUGGUUAUUGCUGAUUUUGCUUCCGUUGUCAUCAGAGGCACCCAUAUCAUUUCUCUAAUUUUUCACUGUACAUUCUGUGAAGACAUAAUUGGUGCCAAACUUACAAAGAAGCAAGGUUUCAAGCAAGAUGUGACUGUGGGCAAUACAGUUAAAGUAAAAUUCAGAGGGCUUUUGCUUACAUUUCUUGUAGGUCUUGAGUACCUUGUAAACAUCUCCCUUUUCCAAUUCCAUUAAACUUAUCCGUCCCAUAGAAAGUGGGGAAAAGUGCUAAUUAACUGCUAGAAGGAUUAUUUCAAUUUACACUUUUGUGUAAGGUAAACUUGCUUAAACUGCAUAAAAAUAACUUAACCCCACAUUAGCCUGGUUUCCUGAAGUUAAAUUUUUCUCUCUUUAGCAACGUUUCACUCAAUUUGUGUAAUUCUUUUGUUGGAAAUCUUAUUUCUUGUACUAAAAAUGAACCUACAGUAAGAUGUAAUCCACUAUGAAAUUGAAAGACGACUCAUUUACCAUUUAAAAAAGUGUUUUUACAGCUACAAGGUUUUUAAAUUUUAAUUUCUAGUUGCUUUUUUAAAACCAUAAUCGUUGUAUAUUCUAUACAUCCUUGUCCUUGCUUCUAUUAGCCAGAGGCUGGGAAACUGGCUAUUGCUUAUAUGACAAAUAGCCCUGUUUGUGUAUGGUGCUCACCAAAUAAAUUUGUGUCUUGUGUUAUUUGUUUGGUCAUCCUUACCUUUACACGUAGCAUCUAGAUACCACUUAAAUACACAGUGGGCUCAAGAGAAAAAAGGAAGAAAUAAUUUUAAAUAGAAGCUGGGAUAAUUUCUCUUUUAAAUAAUUCAAAUCCCAGAAGAGAACAGAUACUGUAUCUUUGUAAACACUUCUUUCUCAUUAAAUAUUGGCUGUUUAAUUCCACCUUCCUUAAAAAAAAUUGAUAUGUUCAAUUUUGGACUUAAAUUGAACACUUUAAAAAAGGA